AUGACUCUCGCUGGAGACACGAUGGACGACUCCUUGGACCCUCUCAAGAGAGAUAAGAAAGAGUAUCGAUGGGAGAAUCCACUAGCUUUCAACUCAGAUCCACCAGAGACAUCUGGCACAGAUGGACUGGCGAUGGUUGUGACCUCCGAUUUCUCUCAGAUAGAUGCCGCUUUAUCCUCCGAUAGUCUGCUUGCGAGUCGGAGCGCGAGUGCGUCGGUAACGCCUGGCUCAUCAACAGCUUCAUGGACCUAUAGCUCAAGCGAUAUUGCCUCAACAACGGUUCUCUCAACUAGCAGUUCGCUUUCGGUGUCUGAAUCCUCAACUCCAUCGACCACAACGUUGGCAAUCUCGACUACGGCAGCAGCCAUGACUCUCUCCGGCACGAGCGCAAGCACAACCAGCGCCCCCGAAACAGCAGCCCCUGGCGCUUACUCGGGCGGAGGAGAGUCGGUCAAAAACAAAUUGGCCAUCGCACUUCCGAUCGCUAUCGUUGGCCUUCUCAUAAUCCUAGCCCUGGUCUUCUUCUUUCUACGCCGCCGAAGACGUCGUCACGGCCGGCCCCCAUACGAGAUGACAGCCAACGAGACUCCGGGUGUCUCAACUGCAGCUCUCAUGGCUGUGCCCAAAAUUGUGACCCCAGACCCUGCGGCAGCAAGUCUGCCUCGCUCACCCGUCCGCGAUGUUAGUAGUCAGGAUCAUGCAACUGCACCUGUCUCUGCGUCUGCACGAUCUGACAACGACUCGCAUACGGAACUCGGACUUGCCGUAGCCGUGCCGAUGGAUCAACGAUUCAGCGCAACAGAGCAUACUCUCCGCGGGUUUAGUCGGCCUCCAUCGACGGUAGUAAAUCGUGCAAGCGCAGGGCCCUCUCGUGCUGGCCUGGCUAGCGUAUGCAUGCCGUUCCAGAAUCAGAGCAGCGACGACAACGAUUCCGUGUCGAUUAUUUCGGGCGAGUACACCCGAAGAGAUCAUGCGCAUGACUUCGAUGAUAUGUCCUCGGUGUCAUCCCUUAAUGACGAUCACCUGGAGUCCCACAAUCAUGGCCAGUCCUUUAGGUGA